UUAAGGUGAAUAAUAGAACCAAGAUUUUGUCCUCCAACUUGGACAAAAAGGGGAGCAAGAUGCCCAGCAAAGAUCAACGCUUUGUGUUUACUGCUCGAGUCAUUGGAGCUGUUCACAGGGACACUCCAAAACUCAAGAUGUUCAUGGUAUCUGUGCUGUGGUCAGAUGAGACCGAAGUGAUUGUCUACAGGUCUUAUAAGGAUUUUAGAACGUUUCAUAAACAUCUGAAAAAGAAGUUCUCUCUCAUUAGUCCCGGUGACAAAAUGAUCCCCAAAUUUAGAGGUGAUGCUGAGAAGAGCAACCUCCAAGAGAGAGCAUCGCGGCUAUCUGCACAGUGCAUGAAGGCCUUAGAUACCUACUGCAACAAGCUGCUGAUAAGUGACCCAAUGGUGACCCAGAGUGCGGAGGUCAAGCAGUUUUUCACAUCAAAUGACCAAGACAUGGACCAGAACUUCACCAAGAACAGCCUCAUAAUGCUGCUGUCGGAAGGUGGAGCAAGUGGAGGAGGGGCCGAAGGAGUCGGUGUAAGAGUCAUCAGCCCAUUGGUCACACAGACGUACCGUUCUGUUUCCGCCUACGAGACCAAAGACACCAAGAACCGUCCCUUUAAAGUAGCCCUGGAUGAAAAAGUGGAGGUGCUGAUCAAGGACCCUGCUGGUUGGUGGUUGGUGGAGAACGAGGAAAAGUGUAUGGCAUGGUUCCCAGCUCCCUACCUGGAGAAAGAGGACAAUGAGACCGGAUUCCAUUUGGGAGGUGCUCUCUACUGUGCCGUAAGGAGUUAUUCCGCCAAGAAGGUUGACGAGGUGUCCGUGCCUAUUGGUUCUGUGGUGGAGGUGCUAAAAAUGUCGGACGAUGGCUGGUGGUUCGUCAGAUUCAAUGGCAAGGUAGGCUACGUCCCGUCCAUGUAUCUGAAGCCCAACUGCAGCCCCCGCACUGGACUUGACAGCCUGCAGAGGAAGCUGCAUGGCUCCGCCCUCAACCUAUCUUCUUCUUCCCCCACGUCUUCUUCAUCCGUCCAGCUCAUUAAGCAGCCCAGAGCUCGGCCAAGCAAGCAGGGCUAUCUGUCCAAAUCCCAACCGGCAGAGAUUUUGUCCGAGACGCAAACCCACACCGCCCGGCCUGCCCAAGCCGAGGUCAACGUGGACGCCGCCCUCUUAGAAAACCGACCUCGCAGCAUCAGCAACUCAAGCGUGGAAUCCAGCUUAUCCUUUAUCAACAGCUCUUCUUCACGUUUAAGAGAGGACACCUCCGUACCCCAUCCCAGAAACCAACGCCGCAGCUCCAGCGCAAGUUAUGUGAGCUCUGUGAGUUCCGGCAGCUCUGGGAGUUUUACAAGCUUCAGUUCAAGCGGCAGCGACACAGCAAGUCUUAUUGCUCCUUCGAUUCCACCCAGACCCAAGAAAGAGGAGAUCCUGAACCGGUGCACGUCCGUGACCCGUAAAGCAGCUAUGAACUCUCAACCCCGCCUCCAGCUGCAGCGUGGAACAUACAAUGAAACUCGCUUAUGAGGACAUAUUCCAAAUACUGAACAAUUCACCUUGUGAUACUCUCACUUUAUUAUUUCUUAUUUACAACUUUGUCACCUCCUUUGCUUAGGUCAGGUGUGGUUUGCUAAU